UACAAUCACCGUACAUGUAUGUGACAAUCUGUCAAUGGGAAAACCAAUUUGUGACAACAAAUAUAUUGUUACUGAUGACAUACCCUAAACGGAUGUAUCGAAGUUAAAAGGUAUAAAUACGCAGAAGUUAUAAAGAUUCUAUAAAACAAUUUAUCAGAUAGUUUAGACUCAGACCCACCUCAUUGUUUACACAUAAUGGCUGAUGGAAAAUUUCUGUAUGGACUUAUUAUAGAAGGAAAAGAUACCACAGUGCCUCUGAAGGAAUCUAAGGUCCAUGUAACAGUCCAGGGGUUUAUAGCAAAUGUAGAGAGUCAACUCACUUAUAGUAAUGACACACUGGAAGCCUUACAAACAAGUUUUAUCUUCCCAAUGGAUGACAUGUCAGCUGUUUACAAGUUUGAAGCUGAUGUCAACAAUAAACAUAUCAUAGCAGAGUGUCAGGAUAAACAAAAGGCUAAAGAGACCUACAAUGAAGCGAUAUCAAGUGGCCACACGGCCAUGUUGUUAUCUGAAGAUGAUGCGUCAGGUGAUAUAUUUGAAUGCAAACUUGGCAACUUGCCAGCAGGACAGAAGGCCCUAUUGACCAUUUCGUAUGUUGUAGAACUAUCUGUAGAAACAGACGGAAAAGUGAGGUUUACAUUACCAACAGUGCUGACUCCAAGAUACUCUCCAGUUGCUGGUCACUAUGUAGAACCUGGAAGUGAGUCGAGUCCUGGUCAAGUGGACAUAAGAACUCCAUGUAAAUUUACUUUCAGUGCUGCUGUGUCUGGUUGUUACAAAAUCAAAUCUGUUAGCAGCCCUAACGACAAACUUAAUGUCAAGGUCAAUGAAGAUAAAUCAUCUGCAUCAAUUGAUUUGGCAGAGGAGUUCAAGUUUGAUCAUGAUUUAAGUUUUGAUAUAAUUUAUGAUAAUAUUAAUGAACCAGAGAUCAUUUUAGAAUUAGGAAAUAAGGAAAAAGAUGGCUUGCUCAGGGAAGAUUUAUUAAUGUUGAACUUCUAUCCUGAUUUAAAACAAGGUGAAGAUACUGAGGACAGCAAAAGGGAAUUCAUCUUUGUAAUCGAUAGAUCAGGUAGUAUGAGUAAUGUUAGAAUAAAGAAGGCCAAGGAAACAUUACUACUGUUGUUAAAGAGUUUACCUGUUGGAUGUCUAUUCAAUGUUGUAUCAUUCGGUAGUAACUUCAGCACUUUGUUUGAACAGAGUGAAGAGUACAGUGAGGAAACUUUGAACCAAGCUCUGUCUCUCCAAUCACAGAUGGAGGCAGAUAUGGGCGGAACAGAAAUUUUACGACCACUUCAACAGAUUUACAGUAAAAACUGUAAACAGGGAUACCCACGACAGAUAUUCUUACUGACUGAUGGAGGUGUCAGUAAUACGGAAGAAGUUAUAAAACUGGCGAAGAAAAAUAACGGAAACACAAGAGUUUUCACAUUUGGUAUUGGUGACGGAGCUUCUACCAGUUUGAUAAAAAAUGUUGCUAAAGCCAGUAAUGGAAAAGCUAUUUUCAUCAAAGAUAAAGAUAACAUGCAAGCAAAGGUGAUCACAGCAAUGAAAGGAUCGUUAGACAAUUGUUUGUCAGAAGUCAGUCUGCAUUGGGAUAUUCCUAAAUGUUUUACAAUUACAGAUAUCCCUAAGGAGCCCCCUGUCGUCUUCCACGGAGAUAAACUUGUUUUGUUUGCCUUGUUAAAAUCUUCUAAUGCCAAGAGUGGUAUUUCUGGUACCUUCAAAUUGAAAGGAAGAUUUGGAGGAAAGAAUAUAAGUCAUCAAGUGAAAAUAGAAAUUCCAAGUUCUUCACAGAAUGAUUUACCAUUACAUCGUGUAGCAGCUAAAUACCAGAUCAAAGACUUGGAAAAUGAUGAUGAUUCAAGUUAUAGAAGGGAUGGGGUCAAUAAAGACAAGAUUGUAUUGGUAAGCCAAGCAGCCAACAUUGUCUCCAAAUACACAGCAUUUGUAGGUGUUGAUAAAGAUACCAAAGUUCCUGUCUCAGUACUGGAAGAACCACCAUCUGAUGAUGAAGAUGGGUUAAAAUGUCUAAGCAGUAGUGGUUUUGGUGGUAAUGGGAUGGUGAUGCAAAGUUCAAUGCCAUUAAUGGUAGCUACCUCGUCCUGCAAGCCGAAAAAAGGUAGAUCAAUAUCUUUUGGAAUGCCAAAUAUAUUCAAAAGUAAAAAAAGUAAAAGAAAGCAAGGUUCUGCGAGUAAGAUGCGCAUGGUGAGUCCACCUAGGGCACCACAAUUAUCACCCAGUGAGUUUGUUUGUGACAGCAUGGGUUUCUUAGGAGAAUCAGAUGAAGAUGAAUUGUGUGAAAUGUCACAUGACAGGUCUAGUGGGGUGGAGAAAUCACAAAACAUAACAUUAGGAGGCAAUAUAAAAUCACAUAAGUUGGAAAAAAGUGAAAAAACAAAAUCAUCAGGAGAUAAAAUGAUGAUCAUUGUGUCACUGCAAAACUUUGAUGGUUCCUGGUCGCCAUCAUCUGAGCUGGAAUUUGUGCUUAAUAUUACCAAAAAGGAGAUGGAUGCUAAAUACAAGGGUAAUAUUUGGUGUACAGCCAUAGUUGUGGCUUACCUAGAGAAGAAUUUCAGUAAACGUAAAUCUGAAUGGGAAAUGAUUUAUAACAAGGCAAUAAAAUGGCUAACUUCACAAGACAGAGACGGGAAAAGUGUCUCUCAAAUCAAGGUGGAAGCCAAUGAUAUCAUAAAUCCCAUUUAGAGUCUAUAGAUAAUUUGACAUAUAGGUAUUAAGAUUUAUUUUACAUAAAACCUCUUUGUUAACAGUAUCAUCUUAUCUAAAAGGAUGUUCAAAGUAUUUGUUAUAAAAAGUCUUUUGCAAUAUAUUUUAUUGUAAGAUUAUAUUUAUAUUUAUUAUUUAUAAUUUUACUAUCACACUUUAUGUU